AUGAAGGUGGCCUUGGCCUUCUUCUCCCUCACGUCCCUCGUGUUCCUCAACCUGAACGUGCCCUGGCGCGAGAAGGCUGGCUCUCCAAGCCCUGUGGCGCUGUUCCAGAGUGGCAUUUGCACAGGGGACCGCAGCCCACGUCCGCCUUGGGCUCCCUCCUGCUCCGCUGUCAGCGCCAGCGGCGGCACCGUGGCCAUGAGCCUUUUGGGGGACUGGUGCAGGGGGCUGGCCGUGGACGUGCACAGGGCCUUGCUGGUCACCGGCAUCCCGGAGGACCUGGAGCAGACAGCCAUCGAAGCCGUCCUGAAGCCGGCCUUGCUGCCCCUGGGCAAGUUCAGGCUGCGGAACACGCGGGCCGUGAGGGACGAGAAGGCCAAGGCCUCCCUGAUGGAGUUUGUGAAGGGCAUUAAUCAUGGUGCCAUCCCCGAGGAGAUCCCGGGCAAGGACGGCGACUGGAGGGUUCUGUGCAAGGACAGCGCGGAGGGCACGAGAGUCCUGAGGCAGGUGAAACGCUUGCUGUUGGAUAAAAGGCCUCCACAGGCCACAGUGGCCAGGGCCCCCGGGGACACGCCCACCCCUCCCGCUUCGGAGACCCUGGCUCUGGGGUCGGAGCCAGGGGUCAGGGAGGCUGUCCCCCCUCCUGGUGCAGCCAAAGAUGCUAGGAGGGGCCGUCGGGGUCACAGAAACAGAACCAGAGGCAGCAGGUGGGCCAGAAGAGCGUCGUGGAGCGCGGCCAUCCACGUCGGGGAGCGGGAGUCCCAAGACUCUCCCGACUAGAGCCUGGGUAUCACGAUCGAGGAGAUGGGCAAGGAGGACUUGAGCGGGGAUGGCGAACAGAGCGCGCUGUACGCCACCCUCCAGCCCGCCGCGAAGGAGCCUGUUAGGAAGUGGGCCCUCCAGAAGGAAGGAGAUGAUAACGGUCCCGGCGAGUUCUUGGCCCUGGCAACGGUGACGGACAAAGCCAAGAAGAGGAAGAUGGAGAACGAUCCCCCUGGGGCUGAGUCGAUCAGCCUGAACAUCAAAGAAGACCGGAGCGAAAUUCCAGACUUAGUGGCCUACUUACUCGCAGUGGGAGACACGUCGGACGAGGAGACCAUGGGCAGCGACGCCUCCCAAAGCGAGUCUCAGGAAAACGGGGAUCAAGAGAGGGGGGUGGACAUUCCCGAGUUUGUGGCCAUUGUGCCUUGUACAGACCCCGCGGGCCACUCCGCCUGCGACGAGAUGUUGAAAAUUGCUUCUGUGAUCGAGUUUCUGGGCUGGAGCGACAAGAAAGCUGAGCUGCCCGAGGUCUUGUCCGUCAUGGCCAAGGACACUUCCCGAGGAACCCGAGUGAAGGUGGAGGAGGCAGGCCGCCAGGUGGACGCCGUGGUCCUGAGGAAGGCCGAAGACGGCGCUCACUUGCUGGGAUGCAUCUCCACCGUGGCUGAGCCUCGGACCACCUGCAAAGGGAAGAAGGCUCCCGGUGGCCCGCUUAGGGGCUGGGGCGAGGACGAGGAAGAUGAGGGGGGCCUCCUGGAGCUAGCGGUGCUCCUGGAUGCCCAGGACAUGGCUGAGGUGAUGGAAGAAAAGGAAAAGGCCUGGCAGAGUGGGAGGUUCAGAUGCGCCAAAGGCAACCUGGGGGAGGUCUUGGCGCUGCGGGCGGCCCGCGGGAACAGGAAGUCGGAGCACGUGGAGAGCGAGGAGUCUGAGCCCGAGGACCGCGCGUCCAGGAAGCCCGGGGCCAAGCGGGCCCGCCCGGCCUUUAGGGCCCUGGGUCGGGCGGGCUGGGCAGCGACUCCCGCCCCGUCGGGGACCCGCAAAAUCCGAAGGGGAGGCGGCGGCCCCGGCGGGCUGGGCAUCCCUCCCGAGACGGAAGCCCAGGACGAGGCGGCAGGAAGCAAUAGCAGGAAGGGGCGCGCGGGCGCUGGGGCGCAGGCCAAGGGCGGCCAGCCCAGGGCUCGGCCGCCCGCCGGCUCCAAGUCCACGCGUGGGAAGAAGGCUGGUCGGGGCAAGAGGCUGCCCCCCAAGUGCGGCUAAGGCCACGGCAAGGGUGCAGCUGCCGGUGGGACCCCAGCUCCGCCCCUCGGCCCUCCCCGCCGCGGAGGCGGCAACCGCUGAACCGUGGGCACUGAGCUCUAAAGUGCGCGCCCGCCCACCGCUCACUCCCCUGUCCUUUCAGUCCCUCCGUUGCAGGUGGCGCGAGCGAGCCCAAGGGAAAAAGGAAG